CGGCAGCAUGAGCAGCGGCUACAGCAGCCUGGAGGAGGACGCCGAGGACUUCUUCUUCACGGCGCGCACCUCCUUCUUCCGCAGGGCGCCCCCGCCCAAGCCCCGCGCCGGACCGGCGGAUGUGGAGAAAGAGAAGGACACUUACAGUUACCUCAGCAAGGAGGAAAUCAAAGAGAAAAUUCAUAAAUACAACUUAGCAGUCACGGACAAGCUGAAGAUGACCUUGAAUUCAAAUGGGAUUUACACUGGCUUCAUCAAAGUCCAGAUGGAACUCUGCAAACCUCCGCAGACCUCGCCAAGCCCGGGAAAACUGCCGCCUGGUAGCAAUGGCUGCGUGAACACGCUUCAUAUCAGCAGUACCAACACCGUCCGGGAGGUGAUCGAGGCCCUGCUCAAAAAGUUCCUCGUGACUGAGAGUCCCAACAAGUUCGCACUUUAUAAGCGAUGCCACAGGGAAGAUCAAGUGUAUGCCUGCAAGCUCUCAGACCGGGAACAUCCUCUCUACCUGCGUUUGGUAGCAGGACCCCGAACAGACAUGCUUAGUUUUGUUCUUCGUGAACAUGAAAUUGGAGAGUGGGAAGCCUUCAGCCUGCCGGAACUGCAGAAUUUCUUGCGCAUCUUGGACAAGGAAGAGGACGAUCAGCUGCAGAACCUGAAGCGACGUUAUGAGGCCUACAGACACCGGCUGGAAGAUGCUCUUCGCGAGGUGUGGAAACCCGAUUAAAAAACGCCCAGGCUCCUGGUGACACGCGCCAAGAUGGCACAGGACCUGCAGAUAAACUGGCACAGGGCCUCUCUCUCCUCGGAGGGAUGCUUCCUUGCCCCAUGAUGCUUGGGUCACCCCUCUUUUCUCUUUAGAUUUAGUGACACUCCUACCCCGGCCUGGUCAUAUGUCUGCAAGCUGUGAAUCUGCAGUCUCAUCUGGAGCCUUCUAGAGUGCCUGGGAAGUGUGGACUUGGGGUGUUACUUCUUUUAUUUUUUUUUUCCUUUCAGUUAUUCUAAAGAUGUGAUGAUGUUAAGCUUAAGGAUGUGCAAAUGCUUUUUGAAAGCUUAACGAGGACUCUAUCUGAAUACCUGUCAUACGUUGAAACUACCUGUCCUGUAAGAAAAAUGUUUUAAUGUCAGGAAACAGUUCAUGUUAACUGAAAGAGGCAGGAGGCUGGGAAGCCUGAGGGGUGUUGUGUGAAGGAAUCUCAGGAGUUUGACAUGGAAAGUAAAGAGCAAGUUUGGAAGGAGGCGCAUGAGGGAAGUUGGGGAGUGCUGAGGGAGGUGGUUUGGAGGAUGAGUUAGUUGGUUGUUAGUAGAGCAAGGUAUAUUAUGUUUGAUUGGAAAGGAGAUGAGGCAUUCUGUUCUGAGAUGUGAGGUAUGUCAUGGGAUGGUUUGGUCUACCAGUGAGGGGAAAAGUGGUGCUACAGCCAAAGAAAGUGGGAGCUUGGCAAAAAAAGAGAAGAGGUCACUUAAUAGCUGGCCUGUGAGUCCAAGAUUGGGGUAGAGUUGCAGCCCAACCCCGUCCCCACAGCCUGAAUGCUCUUGUGUUUGUCUUAUGCCCCAUUUGCUUACCUAUGACACAUAGUAUGUGGAGAUCCCAGUCACCUCUGACCAGCCCAGGUUUUCCAAGUUGGAAAGGA